CAGCGGUUCGUAAUCAUAUCAAAUUGAAAUUUUGUUUGCACACAUAAAUUUUGUUUUGGUUUUACUUUUUCGAUUUUCAAACUCACUUUCGUGGUCGACAUAUGGCAUUGUGACUACAUUAAAAAUAAAAGUGAACAAAAUGGGACUAUUUGAAAGUAAAAUUCUCGAUGGUGAUUUCGAUGAACCAGAAUGGUUGGAGAAAUUGUCUUAUUUUGGAUUGCGCGUUUGGCAUUUAGGAUUCUUUGGUUUCAGCAUCUUUGUAUGCAUUGUUGUGAUGUUGUGUUGUUGCUUUCGCUUUCGAAUUCCACGCACCAAACAAGACAUCGAAGCCGACUAUCAGCGCCGAGUAAUUGCGAAAAAUUUUCGUGAACGUCUUUGGAACAUAAAAAAUAGCGAAAUGGAUAACAUGAACUUACAAAAAGCUUUAGAACGUAUUCGUCAAGAUUUUGUAGCUGAAACACAAAGAAAUAUGGAAAUACAGGAAAUGAAAGGUGUUGUGUUGCGGAGAGCGCAAGUUUGAGAGAAAAAGCGACAAAUUGAAAUAUCCGUUCAAUAGUUUACAUUAACCUCAAAAAAUCAAGUUCAAGAUAAAAAGAAUAGUUUACCUUACUCAAGAUAAUAUUGAAAAUACAACAACUUUAAUAAAAAAAGGUAGAGAAUAUCCAUUC